AACAUGCACGGUUUCCUGUCCUGUCAAUUCGAAACAUCACGGCUGUAUGAGAGCUCAACUUCUUAAGCUAAAUCAGGAAAAUGUCAGGAAUACGAGCAGAAAACUGAAUGCAAAUAAACACUGUGUCCUCUUUAUGUAUUUAGGGACUGGUUUAAUUGCUGACCCUCCAGCUUUUGAGUGCGUUUGGAAGGUAAACACGUUAAUAAUCCCUCCUAACCCACCACUUGUUGACGCAGCGCCUGGAACCUUGUUGUCACGUAAGGAACGGAAUCGUGGACUGGGACCAAGGGAUGGAACGACUGACGGGAACGUGGAAGUGUGCGACGUUUCGGUGUUCCAGUUGAUCCAGUGAAGCGAACGGCUGUCUGUUUAAAAGAGAAAGUGAGGGGCACCUUUAGUUAUCUCGAUCCGUUCAUGGAAAGCCAAGCCUGGCUGGAGUCUUCCUUGCGGCGCUCUGCCAGUCUGGGUCUGGAGGUGCUGCAGCGGGCCUCCAGGAGGAGCGUAGACUGGAGCAGCAUUGAAGCGUCCCAGACCCCCACCACCACAGAUGAAGACACACAGAUCCCCCUCAGGAGAUCACGCUCAGAAAUUGAUGAUGUCUUUGCAACCAUCGCAGACUUCAUGGUGCAGACGACCCAUCAGUGCAAGAGGUAUUAUGAGUCCGGCUGCUGCACUGAGCCCUCUGACACUGAGAGGAGCCAUGUGUGCAGGUUCCACUCAAAGCCAGCUGCUGGGAUGAAAACGCCUGCACGGUCGGCUAGAAAACAUGAAAGGGCGCCACAGAACAAGGGUCGUGUGUCUGCAGUUGGUGAAGAUUUCUUCAUCGAGGUUUCACCGGGGACGUACGCCGUCACUGCCACCAUGCCAGAGUCCCAGCAGCAGACUCAGAUGAUCAGUGUCAGAGCUGGAGAGAGCGUUGACCUCACCUUCAACCUCUGACCCCUCACCUUUUAACCUUCAGUACUAAACCUGACCAAUGCUCAUUCUGUUUGUGUGUGUUUAUUGCUUGCUUUGCACUGCUCAAGAGUUUACAUUUUUAUAUUGCAUGAAGUCUAUAAAAUGUUUUAUUUGCUGCACAUCGCAAAGCCAUAUUUGUAUUGCUAUUUGGUAUUUUAUUAUGUAGUUUAUGUGUCCAAAUACUGCUUUUAAACAUCAUGUAAAGCUCUUUAUAUAUUUUUACUUGCACUUAUACCACAUCAGUGUAUAAAAAUAAAGUAUUUUUUUAACCAA